AUGGCGCGUUGCGGCGUGGAGUUGAUCGCCAGCAGGGGCUGCUCCAGGCUGCUCCUCCCCGGGAUGCAGCCCUCCUCCGCCUCCGCCGCCUCCUCCUCCGUCUCGGCCUCCCGCUCCGCCGCGGCCGCUGCCCCUGCCGCCCGGCGUCCGCCCGACGGCCCCUUCGCAGGCCUGGUCGUCUGCGUCACGGGGCUGUCCAAAGAGGCGAGGAGUCAGGUGAAGGAGGCUGCCGAGAGGCUCGGAGGCGACUACAGCGGCAGCUUGCACCCCAAAUGCACUCACCUUGUGGUGCACAGCUUCGCCGGCCGCAAGUUUGAGCACGCUCUCAAGCAUGGUCCCAGGAAUGGCCUUUUUGUUGUCACGCUGGGCUGGUUUGUCGAUUGUGUUCGAAGGAACAUGAGGCUGGAUGAAUCCUUGUACAGUAUCAAGAACAUUGGGGAGAACGGUCUGCCGCUUGGGGAAUCCAACCGGCUUGUUGGACUUCCUGUUAAUGAGAAGUCAUGCCUUCCACCAAUGAUUUUUCAAGACAAAGCAUGCUCAGACACAACACUUAAGCGCCAGCUUCAGGCUCAUAGAGAAGAACCUGAACAUGAUGUGUUCGUUUUUACGAAUGACACAAUCUACAUUGACCCUGGGAUAUCUGGUGAGAUGAAGAAGAAGAUAUCGGAUGCUGCUACGAGUGAAGAUGCAAAAUUAUUGGACCACUGGUUUAUUGGUUGUCAUGCCACAUAUGUUGUGUGUGAGGAUGCUUCUGUCAAGAGAUAUGUUGGUCACUCAGAUAACAUUGUAACACCGUUUUGGAUCUUGAAAACAGUGAAGGAAAAGAACUUGCAGCGCCUGGUCCAUUUGUCUUCAGACCUAGCUAGACAUGUCGCAGUGGUUCUAGAAAAUUUCCACACAUCUCAAGAGAAUACGAAACUUGGGAGUGUUCCUACUCUUAACUCCAGCGAACUGCCAACCCGAGGGGAGAUAGAUGAGACUCGUCAGGAAAGGCAAAAAUUUGUCGAGGCAGCGAAAAAGGAUAUUCGAGACCGCCGUGUUCGCCGUAUGCAGUCAUGUGAAGUACCAAUCCAUCCUCUCACACCUGUCACACUUCUGGAUUCAAUCUGCUGGACAAUAUCUGAGCCGGUUUCAUCUGCAAGUAUUUAUAUGGAUUCUUCAUGGUCUGAAGAUGCCGAUGAGCAGCAAAGCACUACCUAUUUUGAUGCAGAUGGGGAUGGAAAGGAUCGAGACCAGUCAGCUGAUAAUUUGUCUCGCCCGCUAAGAGAAAGUGAGAGAAGCGAGGUGAUUUUUAAGAACCAUUUCUUUACCAUACUCUUCCCUCUCGAUCGUUUUGGUGAGCUUGGACCUUUUUCGAGGACAUUCUUCAGCAAUGGUGGCUUCACACGCGAACAAGUGUUGGAUCACAUCUAUAAUUUCUACCAGGAGAACAUGUCAACCGACGAGAUAAAUGUAGCCCUGCACACAGAUUCACGGCAUGCCGAUCGACUUCGUUCCCUGUAUGCAAGCGCUGAAUGCGCAGAACGAGGCUUUGUAGUAGCAUUCAAAAGAAUAGAUUUUUUGGGAAGCCGGAGAAGUUUCGAGGCACUAAAGCGCCUUAGCAGAGAGAACAAUAGCAAUGUAUAUGAGCUUGUGAUUAGGGCAUGA